CAGGCCUCGCUUGCGUUGCCCCGGGAGACGAUUCGUGGGGCGUCAUGGAGCCUGCGGGGAGCCCGGCCGGGUGCGGCGCUUCGGCCCAGGCGCUAGUGCCCGUCCAGACCGAGGCUUCCGCCGUAGCUCUGCGGAAGGAGGCGCCUCAGGAAGCCCCCAAGUGCCCUAAGAGGGUCCUGGACGAGGAUUCCUACAUUCAGAGGAGAAGCGGAGGAAGAAGAAAACAAAGACGCCCUGCCGUGCUUGGACAACUUCUUGGCCAAACACACCAGCGAGGAUAAUGCGUCCUUCGAGCAGAUCAUGGAAGUGGCCGAAGAGAAGGAGAAAGCGAAGCAUUAUUGGCUUUACGAAGCCGAAGAGGAAUUCGCUCAGACAUUGGGCCAGUCACUCUCUCUCAGGGCAGCCCAUCUCACAGGGUUAGAAAUGGGCCAGGAAUUCAUGCUGCGUCCCCAAUUUGCAUGGUUGUGAGUAAUACAGUGCUGUGUCUUUUCAGGGGUUCCUGAUGAGGAAGAGGUGUUUAAAAAGCCACGCGAGGUUGCCCACAGGAACACCCGUUUCUUGAAGGAUCCCUUUAGCCAAGCAGUGAGCAAGAGCCAGCUUCAGCAAGCAGCUGCCCUCAAUGCUCAGUACAAACAAGGCAAAGUGGGGCCCGAUGGGAAGGAGCUCAUCCCCCAGGAAUCUCCGAAGGUGAACGGAUACGGGUUUGUGGCCACACCUUCCCCCGCUCCGGGCGUGAACGACUCCCCUCUUAUGACCUGGGGGGAGAUAGAAAGCACCCCAUUGCGGUUGGAAGGUUCGGACACACCUUACGUCGACCGGACGCCAGGGCCGGCUUUCAAGCCUCACUCCGAAAGGACUCAGCCCGGCUAUGUCUCCCGCCUUGCAACGCCUAGUGAACCGUACUGCUAGCAAGUUCACGGACAAAGCUCUGCGGGCCAGUUACACCCCGUCCCCUGCCCAUGUGAGAACGCCCGGCUACAAGACCCCUUCCGGUGCCCUGCAGACCCCCACGGUCACCCCAACCUCCAGGACGCUCUCUCAGACCCCCGUGGCUCAGGAUCCCGCCUCUAUUACGGACAACCUGUUGCAGCUGCCUAAAAGACGUAAAGCGUCGGACUUCUUUUGACCCGGUCCUCUUGUCGGGGUCUCAGCAUGGCCCAAUAGACCAAUCCUGACAGAGACAAUAACGCCCAUCGAAAGCAACAGGAGAUGUGGGCUUGAGGUUCAGGAUCGUUCCUGCCUUUGCAGUCCUGGGUUGCCCUAAUCCUGGCUAGCCAGGGAGAAGUAGCGGAGGGAGAGUAAGGCUUUUUGAGUUGAAAAUUGGUUCCAACUUUUGGAUCGAUUGCCCAGGAAGACGGUAACCCGAACUGCUUGCACUGCACCGGCCCUUCUGAACACAGUUUGCUGGUUUGCCUUGGGGGUGCUCUCUUAAUUGAAUAAAGACAGGCUUCGCCUCCAAGAUCCA